UACAAGCCUUAAGAAUAAGUAAUUAGCUCUAAGCCCACCUCCAAAAUCCAAGUGCUAAUUCUUGAUUAGUCUUGAUCAUCAUGCUACGCGUGGAGUGUGAUCGGACCCUGUUUACCAGGCCUCAUGUGCCCUUGCAGACAAUGCAAUAUGUUUCGCCCGCAGCCAUGACGUACCCUAAGAACAAGGAGUGGAACUUGAAGGGUAAUUCUAUAGCAGCCGCCAGGAAUCGAACAGGUUUCGAAAGGCGGAGGAUAAUGGCAUGCGUAUCCAAACCCCGUCCUGAAUGUACGGGGGUUUUCAAGGGCCUGAUUUGUCCCAAGUAUAGUGUGCUUCCCAUACUUACUGAUGGUUCUGCUAAAACCCAGGUUGACAUCGAUGUGCUAAAGUGGAAGAAUGUGUUUUUGUUCUUUUCGGGACUGGACAUUUCUGAUGGUGAUAUUUCGAUUCUCAAAGGACUUCAUGAUGAGGGAAUGAAAAGACAACAAAUGUAUAAGGUUGUGUGGAUCCCCGUCGUGGAGCAGUGGACUCCGCAACUACAUAAGGACUUUGAGAAUUUGAGGUCGGAGAUGCCAUGGUACACAGCGCAGUGUCUUUUACCCAUCCUAGGUAUCAAGGAAAAGUGGCACUUCAAGGGUAAGCCUAUCUUAGCGGUGAUGAACUCGCAAGGCGAAGUGAAAAACACGAAUGCUCUCCCCUCGAUUCGGAAGGAUGGAAUGAAGGAUUUUCCUUUCCACGAGGAGCUCAAGAAACAAAAGAGUUAUUUGAGACAGUUUUUCGAAUCUUAAUUAUCAACAUAUAUAUAGAAGUGGACUUCAUAACAUAGGAAGAAUUUGAUAAGAAAAAUAAAAGCAGAUAAGGAGCUUUCAACUUCUUGUCUAGUUAACUCAAGCUUUUCCUUUCUAGUUUGAAUAAGCGCGUUUCUUCUUUAUUUUGGGUAAGCAGGUGCUGUUCCCUGUACCUUGAAGUUGCAAUCGGUGGUUCUUAGUUUAUUUAGGAGUGCUCUUACUUUUGAGAUGGAUAUGUAUUGGGUGGAAGAAGAAACCACUUUGGUUCCUUUCUUUCUUCUCAUCCAGAAUC